AUGGAUAUGGGCGGUAUGUUCGGGAUCGAGCUCAAUGGUCGAAUCGAAGAUGGAUGUGGUCGUUUGUGGCAAGAACAAGAGGAAGUUAUCGACGAUGAUAUGGAUUGUGAAGCCUAUCAAAAUGUCGCUGAUGGACAAAUCACUUCGCCACCCCCAAGUUCUUCUUACAUUGACGCACCAAAUUUGGAAACGCUGGACAUUGGAGAGGCAUCGGUUAAUCCUGUUGGAAUCAAAGUCGGAAAGCAGGAUUUCAAAUUUCUCAAAGUGCUCGGCAAAGGAGGCUAUGGCAAAGUGUUCCAAGUUCAAAAGCUCACCGGAACGGACAAAGAUGAAAUUUUUGCCAUGAAGGUUCUCCGAAAAGCAACGAUCAUUCGCAAUCAAAAGGAUAUUGGACAUACCAAGGCUGAACGAAACAUUCUCGAAGCGGUGAAGAGUCCUUUCAUCUGUGGCCUCAACUAUGCUUUUCAAACAGAUGGCAAACUUUAUCUUAUCUUGGAGUAUCUCAGCGGUGGAGAGCUGUUUAUGCAUCUUGAACGUGAAGGAACUUUUAUGGAGUCGACGGCUGCUUUCUAUCUCAGUGAAAUCGUUGUGGCUUUGGAGCAUCUUCACAACGAAGGAAUCAUCUACAGAGAUUUAAAGCCGGAAAAUAUUAUGCUUGACGCAAGAGGUCAUGUGAAAUUGACUGAUUUUGGCUUAUGCAAAGAAGCAAUCGAAGGAGAUCAAAAGACGCAUACUUUCUGUGGAACUAUUGAAUACAUGGCACCUGAAAUUCUGUUGAGAUGUGGUCAUGCAAAGGCUGUUGAUUGGUGGAGUCUCGGAGCACUGAUGUUUGACAUGUUGACUGGAGGUCCUCCAUUUCGAGCCGAGAAUCGAAAGAGAACUAUCGACAAGAUUAUCAAGGGUCGCCUUACGCUGCCUGCCUAUCUUUCAAUUUCUGCGAGAGACUUGAUCAAGAAACUUCUGAAGCGUCAUGUUGAAACGCGUCUUGGUGCUAGCGAAGCGGAUGCGGCUGAAAUCAAGGGGCAUGACUUCUUUGCUCAUUUGGAUUGGAAUUGCGUUCUCCAGCGAGAGAUGCCACCACCAUUUACACCUCAAAUUGUUGAUGAAACCGAUGUCUCACUAUUCGACACAAAGUUCACUAGAAUGACUCCAGUGGAUUCUCCUUGUGAGUCGGCAUUUUCCUUGCCGCAUGAUGGAGAUCCGUUUAUUGGCUUCUCUUACACUGCACCGUCUAUUUUAAAGGCUGAGCAAACGACUACAUCACGCCAUCACUCCCGUCGACUUCACCCACAUGGCCACUCACACGCUCAUCCUCAAGGGCAUUGCAACACGAAUGCUAACUUUAUGCGAUGUGAAUCGGUCAUUGAAGAGAAUAUGGAGGCCAUCGGCUACACCCCGGCUGGUGCACAAUGUAAUAAUUUUCAUCAUGCCUUCAAUAGGUACUCU